AUGGCUGCCGCGUCACCGUUUGAAUCGCUGUCAGACGAUCUUCUUUCCAUUAUCUUCCGACUCGCAGGUAGAUCCGACGGCCAAUUCCAGCACGCACUAGUGUGCAAGAAAUGGCAUCGCAUUGCCCGUAGCGUGCACGAGCACAUCCAGAUUCGCGAAGAGCGUCGCAUACCUCCUCGCGAGCUCGCGCACCUCUCGUCAUUCCCAAGGCUCCGAAAGCUCGUCCUCGCCAACGGCAGCAUCACGUCCGUCCCUGACUCCCUCCUCUUGCGGAUAGCCGACACGUGUCCAGAUCUGACGGACCUCCUCGUCGAUACCAUGGAUCGACGGUACAGACGAGGGGGUUUCACUGUAAACGGACUUUCGUAUUUCCUUGAGAAAUGCACACGGCUGGAGGCGCUUCAUCUUGAUUGUCAGUCAAACCUGACCACCAUUCCUGCGUCAAUCGGCGGCCUUGCGUCACUCAAGAGCCUACACAUCACCGACAGGGGGAGAAUUACUCUCCUUCCAGACGCGUUCACCUCGUUACAGGCACUCGCGCAUCUCGUGAUUGAAAUGCACGGCCUGGAUGAACUGCCUCAGCACUUCGGCAAUCUGAGGCUGCUCAAGUCGCUCCGGCUGGAAAGAUGCACGCGUCUCCGCUCCAUUCCCGAUUCUUUCGGGCAGCUUACCAACUUGACGCAUCUUUCCAUCAACGGCUGUGAAUUAGGGCUUCAGCUGCCCGAAUCCAUCUCCAACCUUUCAUCCCUGCUGACCCUCGAAAUUUCCAACUGCGAACACCUUUCGCCGCUGCCCGAGAGUUUCGGUAACCUGCCGGCGCUUGAAACCCUACGUCUGGAGGCCGUAGAGGGGAUCACCAGCCUUCCCGCCAGUCUCGGGCAGCUGCAGCGGCUGCGGCUCCUUUCCGUGAUCUACUGCCGCGAUAUGGACUUUAUUCCUGCCUCCCUUUCCCGCCUGCCUCCUCUCACGGACCUUAUCCUCCUCAACCUUCACCUCCAGCAUAUGCCUGUCGACAUCGCUCUCCUCCCACGCCUACGCACUCUCAGGCUAGACGUUGGAAUUGCCGUGCACCUGCGUCCCUCUGAAUACCUCGCCACCACACUCAAGGUCCUCACGCUUCAAAGGGCUGGAACUUUGCAAUCUUUGCCCGAGGAAUUCGGGCAGCUGACUGCCCUGGAAACUCUGCACUUGGUUAAGCUUCAGCAGCUGAACAGCCUGCCAGCAUCGCUUGGCAACCUGACGAGCCUCAAGGAGCUGAAAAUAGACUCAUGCAGCCUGCUGGCACAGCUUCCUGACUCCCUCACUCUGCUAACUUCCCUCGAACUGCUGGAAAUCAGUCACUGUCGCAAGCUGACGGCGCUACCGCAGGGCAUGGGGGAUGGUCUGCAUAGCCUGCGUGGACUGAUUCUGCUCGCAUGCACUGCUCUCACCCACCUCCCUCCAUCCUUCUCCAAACUCUCUGCCCUCGAAACCCUGAACUUGUGUCAUGCACACAGCUUACGAGGCGCGCUACCAGGGGGGUUCUCCCACUGGACAAGCCUCAAGGACCUCUCUCUCUCCUCCCUGCCACACCUGCCCGCCCUGCCCGCCUCCCUCCCUGCCAUCGCUUGCGCUCUCACCAGCCUCGUGGUCGUCAGAUGCCCGCUAUUUGAGGCGCUGCCAGAGGAAAUCGGACGGCUGGGAUCGCUCGAAACACUCCAGCUGGUCGAUCUGCCCAAUCUGAAGUCGCUCCCUCGGUCGCUGUGGCAGCUGGAGCGGCUGAAGUCUCUGGAAUUGAGUUGCUGCAGCGCGCUGGAGUUGCUGUUUGGGGAUGCACACAUGGGCGAUGCACACACGGGAGCUGCCGGGCAAGAGCUUGGGGGGAGAAUCACCUGCCGUGAGUUACCCGGUCACACUGGUAGCAGCAGUGGCACUGGCAGCUGUGGGGGAUCUGAGGAGAGUGACAAGAGACUGUUGCUUCCCUCCCUUGGCCACCUCAAGAUUGAGAAGCUUCCCCUGCAGCAGCUCAGUCCAUCCCUGGGCUCCUUCCUGUCGCUAACCAAGCUGGAAAUCCUGCGACUGGAUCGCCUCCGCUCGCUGCCAGAUUCCAUCUCUCAUAUCACUCGCUUGCAGUUACUGGCGAUCAGCGUUGCCGAAAGCCUGCUAGCUCUGCCAGAGUCGAUAGGGCAGCUCUCAGCUCUCACAUCCCUCCAGCUUAACUGUCUCCUGAGCUUGACUGCUCUGCCCGAAUCAUUCGGGCAGCUGAAGAAGCUUCGGUCUUUGGAGAUUCACAACAGCCCGGGCCUAACCAGGCUUCCCGAGUCCUUCCCUGAUCUCUGCAGGCUGGAGUCGUGCUCUUUGUCCGAUGUCGGGAUUUCGUGCCUUCCAGAUGACUUCUGGAAGCUCUCUGCUUUGAAGAAACUAACUCUACAGUCGCUGCCCGAACUCUGCAGCCUGCCCGAAACUUUUUCGCUGCUGCCCGGACUGGAGGAAUUGAGCCUGUUCCGGUGCAAGCUGCUGGCGCGGUUGCCCUCGGGCCUGCAGCAUAUGGGGAAGCUGCUGGCAUGCGUUGUCAGUGGCUGCCCGCUGCUGUCGGAAGGGAGGGUGGUGAUUAAGGGUAGAGCGAACCUGGAUGAGGGAGAGCGUGCAGUGGGUGGCUCAGAUGACGAAGAUGAGGAGGAGGAAGAGGAUGAGGAGGAAGAAGAGGAGGAGGAGCAGGAAGAGGAUGAGGAGGAGGAGGAGGAGGAGGAUAAGGAAGAGGAUGAGGAGGAGGAAGAGGAUGAGGGGGAGGAGGAGGAAGAGGAUGAGGAUGAGGAGGAAGUGGGGACAGCGGAGGAGGAUAAGGGGAGUGAACUCGAAGCUGGUGAAAGGGAGGGAGAAGAGGGGGAUGAAGGGGAGGGGGGAGAAGGGGAGGGGAGUGAAGGCUCUCUUUGUGCUUAUCCUGCCAAUGGCCUUGCUCUCCUUGCCUUUUCCGACGCCCCCCCCCGUUUGCCUCUCUGCCCGCCUGCCUAUCCUUCGCAGCGCUGCUCCGUGGUGCUGUGCUGUCGAGUGGUGCCCAUGCAGAAGGCUGCUGUGGUGGCACUUAAGCCAAUGAUUCAAACAGCAGCUUUAGGGGUGGGGAUUCGAGGCCUUGAGGGGAGACAAGCAGUGAUGGCGAGUGACUUUGCCAUCUCACAGUUCCGCUUCCUCGCUCGCCUGCUGCUGGUGCACGGGCACUGGAACUACACCGCAUGGCCUACAUGA